AUGUAUAAACAUUUAUUGAAAUUGCGCUAUGCAUAUCAACCAAGUAUUAAAUUUACUCAUGUCCAUCCUUCAUCCUAAUACACUCCAAUCCAGAUGACAGUCAGGGAGGCAAUAAACCUGGCUAUGGAUGAGGAAUUGGCCCAUGAUCCAAAUGUGUUUUUGCUUGGAGAGGAAGUGGGUCAAUAUCAGGGAGCCUACAAAGUAUCGAAGGGGUUGUUCUAAAAAUACGGAGGCGAUCGAGUUAUCGACACUCCAAUUACUGAGGCCGGAUUCACAGGUAUUGCAGUGGGAGCAGCCCUCUAUGGAUUGAAACCAAUAGUUGAGUUUAUGACUUGGAAUUUCGCAAUGCAAGCUAUUGAUCAUAUAAUAAACUCUGCAGCUAAGGCACAUUAUAUGAGUGCCGGUGAUUAGAAGGCAUCUAUAGUCUUUCGAGGAAUCAAUGGUGCUACGGCUUACGUUGCAGCCUAACAUUCUUAAUGUUUUGCUUCUUGGUACAGUAAUGUGCCUGGGUUGGUUGUGUUAUCUCCUUAUGAUUGCGAUGAUGCUAAAUCACUUCUCAAGGCAGCUGUGAGAAAUCCUAAUCCUGUGGUAUUCCUGGAAAAUGAAAUCCUCUAUAGUGAAUCCUUCGAACUCUCAGCUGAAGCCAGAGAUCCCAAUUACUUAGCACCAAUAGGAAAGGCUAAGAUCAUGAGACAAGGAGAUCAUGUCACAAUAGUCGCAUUUUCAAAAAUGGUUUAAUACUCUCUCAAAGCUGCUGAGCAAUUAUUUAAAGAAGGAAUCAGUUGUGAAGUUGUUAAUUUAAGAAGUUUGAGACCAUUGGACAGAGAAACAAUUCUCUCCAGUGUCAAAAAGACUGGUCGUUUGGUUUGUGUAGAAGAGGGAUGGCCACAAUCUGGUAUCUCAGCUGAAAUCACUGCUCUCAUUAUGGAAGGAGGAGCAUUCAAAUAUUUAGAUGCUCCCAUCUAAAGAGUGACUGGUGUGGAAAUACCAACUCCAUAUGCUUUUAAUUUAGAGGCUAUGGCAUUCCCCAAAACUGAAUAAAUUGUUGAUGCAGUACUAAAUGUCUUAAAGGGUGCUCGUUGA